AUGGGCAAAGAAAUAACGUCCUUCCCUCUUCCGAGUAUCGACGAAACAUACGACGACACCGAGGGCGAGGCUAGGGAGAUAAUCGAGGAGUCCAAUAUCCAGGUCGACGUGGCAGACACUUCUCUAGCAUCCUCCCUUAACGCGGAGCAGAGGUCCGCCUACGAUGAGAUACUGGCAGCUGUUGACAGCGGUGCUGGAGGAGUGUUUUUUGUUGAUGGGCCAGGAUGCACCAGGAAGACUUUCUUGUAUAGGGCCUUGCUUGCUAAGCUCCGAGGUGAGAGAAAGAUAGUAGUGGCUACAGCAACUGCGGGUAUCGCAUCUUCCAUCAUGCCGGGAGGGAGGACCGCGCACUCGAGGUUCAAGAUACCCCUGACCAUUGAUGACGGCGCAUCAUGCAGCUUCACAAAACAGAGUGGCACGGCCAAGCUGCUAUUGAAGGCUUCUCUUAUCAUAUGGGACGAGGCCACAAUGACCAAGCGGCAGGCGAUCGAGGCAUUAGACAACAGCAUGCGCGACAUCAUGGGCCAACGAGACCGGCCGUUCGGGGGGAAGAAUGUCGGUUCGGCGGUGACUUCAGGCAGGUGCUUUCGGUUGUGA